AUGGCAUUGCGAUGUCUGUGCUUGGCAGUGACGGAUGAGAUGCUACAGCCAAUCAUUGAAGGUCUCAACAUCCAGGAAGCAAUCCGAAGCAAGAGAUUAUUCAUCGUGGACUACAGCGUGCUGAAGGACAUCAAAACUACUGACAACAGAAUCGUGUGUGCACCAAUUGCCCUCCUUUUCGUCAACAAAGCCAAAACUCUGAUGCCUGUUGCCAUCCAACUCUACCAAGAUCCUUCAGAAGAAAACCCGGUAUUUCUACCAACUGACCCGGAGUACACGUGGAUGUUAGCCAAGAUGUGGUUCAACAACGCCGAUGGCGCAGUGCAUGAGUCAGUAGCUCAUCUUGGCUUCACUCAUCUGAUCUGUGAGACAAUGGCUGUUGCUGCCAAUCGCUGCCUCUCCCCGUCUCAUCCUAUCUUCAAGAUUUUGGCACCUCACUUCCUCUAUGUCAUGGCUAUCAACAGGUUUGCCAUUAUUCUAAAAAACACAACAGCAGAGAUAUCACAUAUUUUAUGUCACAAAUAA